AUGACUACGUUCUUCUGGCAGAGUGAUCUGGGCUCGACAUAUUCAGGUCGUGUAUUUAUAAAUAUAGCCAAUGCCAAUCCCAACUAUCGAUAUACUGUUACCAACAUCGAUCCCAAGGCACCGAUUGUCGCGAGGAACAUGGUGGCUUACACUGGAACAUACUAUCGAAUCGACUUCAACAUCAAUCCAGGAUACAAUCGCAGUGAUCAUGUCAAUCUCAGUAUCAAAGUGAACAACUUGUCUCAAUUCUCAGCAAACAUCACAAUACCAUUCCAAUAUCCAAAGACAUAUACCAGGACUACAAAGUUAUUGAAUCUUUAUCCAUUCCCUGCGAAUAACAGUCAGUUUGUGGCAGGUGAUGAUUGGACACUGGCUUCAAACUCCAUUAUAAGUGCCAUCGAAGUUAAUUCUGAAGUGGCCAUAGUGAACCCUCACGACCAGUACUUGGUGUCCAAGUUCAUUCCCCUUCUUGGCAGUAAAGACAAUGGCCUCUACAACCUAUACUUCCCUAUCACCAGCGGCACCUACGGUGUCCAAGAACCUUACAGUAUCUACACCAACGAUGUGAAUUCGACCAAAGGCUCAACCAUCGUCUAUGGUAUCAAUGGACCAAAGAUCACGCCAGUCAUCAACAUCACAGCAAUCCAAUCAACCGAGACUGAUUGUUUCAUCAGCCACCUCAACACCACAUUGAACGCCAUCAAACCGAUCAACAUUCAAUUGUCUGGAAUCAUCCCCUUCCCCUACGGCUAUCGAUCGAUACCAGGCAGCAGCAACUACAACUUCACCGUCUCAUUUCCCGUGCCCAAGUAUGUGCAGCAGUACUUCACGUCCGUCGAGAUCUUUCACCUGUACAUGUACCCAGAGAUGAAGUUCGCCGUGUGGUCUCCGCCAGUGGGGGCGCCACCCUCGCCCCAGAUCGUCGAGAUCCAGUACCUUCCAUUCUCCACCUACUCAUUCAUACUUCGCGUUCACAUUGUCGGUGAAUCAUUCAUGAAGUUGUUGGCCUACAAUGCAGUGAUCACAUACUCCAAAUUGGUGUCUGGCACGCUGGCCGACGGUUGGUACGAGGCUGAGUGCCACACGAUCUUGCCGCCCGCCACCACCACCAUUGGCUCAGCUUCCCUCUACAAUCAACUGAGCGCAAUCAUAACAUAUAAUUAUGGGUCAUCACUGCUCAAUGUCAACUUGGACACACUGUCUGCUAUCCCACCAGGAUACAAGAUGAACAUCUCUGUCGAGGACAUUGUAUCUUACAAAUUCGACCCUCCCACCGUCGACCUGUCCAACGCCACUGGCCGCACUGACCUGCUUUUUAAACUUCGAGCACCAUUAAUGGACAUGACUGCCGAGCCACAAGUGUACAUCCCCUCAUCGACCACCUUCGGAACAAGCAUCGACUUCUCAUCAGUGUACACUGGCGCUUAUGAUCCCAGUAUUGGAAUGUACAGGGUACCUAUCGACCUCAAGGCCAAACUAUUCACACGUCGCGUGCCUUACUACUUGUUUGGUGCCAAGGUGUUGGACGAUGCAUUCUUGGCCGCAUCCCCGUUGAUUGGUAACAAUGCAUACCUCAAUGUAAAGUCGGACUAUGCCGAUGAGUUUGGUCCAGUGGUCGUCAGCAUGGAUGUCACUAACGCCACAGCGAUCAUCCCGGCAACUCCAACAAAGAACACUACGCUUGGUUGGUUGCUGAGGAUUGAGGAUAAACCGAGUGGAUUCAAGAAUGGAUAUGCAUUGAUCACUUCAAAGUAUGACAAACGACCAAUGAAUAUAUCAUUCACAUCAUUCGAUGCAUUGAGUGGUAAUGAGUUCUCUGGUCAAUACAAGAUCAACUUUACUGUCAAUGGCAAUUGUAGAUCAGACACAUAUCAACUCGACCUCAUCCUCUACGACUACCUUGGUAACAGUGCCACCUCAAUCAUGAACAGUCUAUCACUUCGUGAUGUGACCACUCCAGUCACCUCGCCAUUCAUCUACGUGACACGCAAGACCAUCACCAUCACAUGCCAAACCCCUCUGGACACUACACCUCCAUCUUUGGUGAGUUUUGAUAUUACGAAUAGUGUUGACCUGGGCUCACUGGACAGACGAGUGAUUGUUAAUAUGGUGGUCAAAGAUAAUGAUGGUGGAUCAGGCAUAUCGUCUAAUCCCAGACAUUCUCCAAUGGUCUACUUCUCAUCUAUUGGUAUGGCGAUCACAUCAUUGUCGAUGACAUUGGUAUCAAUCAAUGGAAUGCAAGCAACAUAUACUUGUAACUCAUCAUUACCAUAUGGAUUUGGUACUGGAAGUGGAGUGUUGACCCUGUCCAUAUAUGGAAUCACAGACAAUCACUAUAAUGUAUUCGGUUACAACACUAUCAAUCUGCUGAAUCUUGGCCUGCCAUACUACAUCAACACAACAUUCAACAUUCUACAACCUGUACUUGUAUCACAUAGUCCAAUAACAACAAAUGGUGGACGUAUUAUAAUACGUGGAUAUAGGAUGGGCUUCAACGACACCACAUCCAACACAAUCAAAUGCACGAUCAACUAUGGUAAUGGUGAUCAGGACAUCACUCCAUCAUUCAUAUCAAACCCUGUGUUUAUGUUUCACCUUCAACCAUUUGAUUACAAUGCCACAUUGAUCAUAUCGAACAAUGGCAUUCAAUCAAACCUCUUGGUGAUCAUACCCUACACACCCAAACCCGACCCUCGGCCCACAGUCAAACCGACCACACCACCCAUCUACCAAUGUCCAGGUGACUGCUUUGGUAACGGCAAAUGCACCGAAAACGGUUGCAAAUGCACUCCCCCAUGGUACGGAGAGUCAUGUAACUCUAAGACCAUAAUAAUCCCCAAUCCAAUGGACCCUGCUAAUGGUCCAACAACGAAUAAUACUAUUGAGGACCCAUCAGGCAUCUUCACGAGUAUGGUGUCGGUGGUGUCGCUCAGGGAAUUGGCUCCAGAUGGCUCAAUGGUGACAGAGUAUAACUUUACUAAGUGGACAUUCACCAACAACUCGCAAGACAACAUGGCAUAUCAGUACUCUGCGCCACUGGGCGAUGGAACACAGACUACAGUGGUCCGUGUGUUGGUUGAGUACUUUGAGAGUAUAACCAACAUUACAUUCUCAGGCCAGGAGAUCACGAUGAUGCCAUCAUCAAUCAAGUACACAAUCUCACUAUCACCUUAUGUCUUUGACAGCGUGGUCAACACAUUGCAGUUGAUCAUGUCUGCAAGUAUGGAGUCGACCAACACAAGUGGAUGCGCGGCCAGUGAGAUUGGCUACACGGACGAAUCCAGUCUGAACAGUCUCCAGUGGAUCAAACUCAAGAUUGGUGACAAGAGUCUGUAUGGACGCUUCCUGGCCAAGGGUCUGAUCGACGGACGCAUCGCCUCGAUCACCAAUCGCAAGUUGAGUGAGUCGUCCCUGUCAAGCACCAAGGCGUUCAUCUUUGUGGGCAUGAGUGUGCCAUUCUUCACGCAGUCUGUCGUGCUCGACCCUGACUUCUCAAUGUUGCUCGAUCAGACUGGCACUGGAGGGUCGUGUGGCGGUGGACAACCCACUGGUCUCAGUCGAUCUUCAUUGAUCGCCAUUAUUAUUGCCGCCAGUGUAGUAGUCGCGGCAGUCAUUGUGGCGGGACUAAUGUACGUCUUCAAGAGGAGAAAGUAUGAUCGCGAGAACAAGAGUAUGGAAAUAAACAUGAUGCAGGGCAGCCAGAGUUAG